AUGCCCCAAAUUGAAAGCUACGACGGGAUCAAGGACCCCCUCAAUCACCUAGAGACUUUCAAGACCCUGAUGCACCUUCAGGGAGUACCAGACGAGAUUAUGUGUAGGGCCUUUCCUACGAUGCUGAAGGGUCCUGCGAGAAUUUGGUUCAGUAGAUUGACGACGAACUCCAUCAAAACUUUCAAGAAGUUGAGCGCCCAGUUCACCUCGCACUUUAUUGGUGGACAUAGGUACAUGAAGUCUACUGCAUGCUUGAUGAGCAUCAAGCAGCGAGAAAACGAGACGCUGAGAUCCUACAUAACUCGCUUCAACAAGGAGGCCCUUUCAAUUGACGAAGCGGGUGAUAAGAUACUCGUAACAGCAUUCACUAAUGGGUUAUGGAAGGGUAAGUUCUUGUUUUCUUUAUACAAGAACGACCUAAAAACCAUGUCGGACGUGCUCUACAGAGCCACCAAAUACAUGAACGUGGAAGAUGCAUUGUUGGCCCACGAGGAGAAGCCCAGAAAGAGGGAAAGACAGGAGGACACGCGACAAGAUAGGGGGCGAAAGAUGGCUAGAACCGGAGAUCGACGAGAUGAAAGGCGCUCUAGACCCCCUACUGGGAAGUUCACAAGCUUCACCCCAUUAACCGCCCUGAUAAAUCAAGUCUUAAUGCAGAUCAAAGAUGAAGGAGCCCUGAUGUUCCCUGAUAAACUAAAGGGAGAUCCCAGCAAGAGGCCAAGGGACAAAUAUUGCCACUUCCACCGUGACUACGGGCACGACACAGCCAACUACUACGAUCUGAAACAACAGAUUGAGGCUCUUAUUAGACAAGGGAAGCUAAAGAGGUUUGUUAACAAGGAAAGAACCGAUCUGCCUCAAAAGCAGGCCCCACGACGGGAGAAUGAGCGCCCUAGACCACCUAUAGGGGACAUAAGAAUGAUCGUAGGGGGCACAACUGUGGCCAGAUCUUCCAAAAAAGCCCACAAAACCUACCUCCGAAUGGUCCAUAGCGUCCAACUUACAGGAUCCGUACCUAAAAUGCCACGAAUAGACAACCCCAUCAUCGACUUUUUAGAAGAUAAUGCUCGGAGACUUCACCAUCCCCAUGAUGACGCACUUAUAAUCAGCUUGCAAAUAGGAGAUUAUAACAUGCAUCGGGUCCUUGUCGACAACGGCAGCUCAGCGAACAUCCUAUACUACCCGGCAUUCCAGCAAAUGAGGAUUGACAGGGGACAGUUAACCCCAACGAAUGCCCUUCUCAUGGGAUUUGGAGGAACAAAGGUGUUCCCCUUGGGCGCGAUCACACUAUCUGUGACGGCAGGUGACUAUCCUCAGCAGAUCACUAGGGAGGUAACGUUUCUCGUAGUCGACUGCUCAUCUGCCUACAAUGCCAUUCUCAGACGACCCACUCUCAAUUCCUGGAAGGCGGUGACUUCAACAUACCACUUGAUGAUUAAAUUCCCGACGGAUUAUGAGGUGGGAGAACUGCGAGGAAACCAAGUAGCAAUGCGGGAAUGCUAUAUUGCCAUGUUAGAGAUGGAGGAUCAAUACCAAACAAUGUGCAUAGGAGAAAAAUGA